AUGGCCUUCAGUCGCGCAGAACGAGAGCGCCUGGGCAGCAUCGUCUUCCUCCCCGAUGCUGCCGAGGCCGAGCAGAGCAAGACAGAGAGGACCAGCUUAGACGGCAGCAUCAAGAUCCGCCUCCACCAGAACGCGCAGUCAGUCGUCUCAUGGUUCAAGAAUUUCCAGGUCGCAGAGCCGCAGGAAGAGCCGGCACCGAAGCGCAAAUUCAGCGUCGCCGCUGUUUCCGGCGAGAGGCCCGCCCACAGCCCAUCACUCAACAUCGUCAUCCACAUCGUCGGGUCGAGAGGCGACGUGCAGCCGUUCAUCCCCAUCGCGCAGACGCUCUCGCGCCCGCCUUACAACCACCGCGUGCGCAUCUGCACGCACCCCGUCUUCAAGGAUUUCGUCGAGGAGCAUGGACUCGAGUUCUUUAGUAUCGGUGGCGAUCCUUCCCAGCUGAUGGCGUACAUGGUGCGCAACCCCGGCCUUCUCCCGUCUCGCGAGAGCAUGAAGGCCGGCGACGUCGGCAAGAGACGCAAGGAGAUGUGGGACAUCAUGACGCGCGCCUGGAGGAGUUGCAUCGAGGCUGGCAAUGGCCUCGGAGAGCCGAUCAAGGCUGUCGAUGUCGCCAAUGUUAAGGACCUGUUCCUCGCGGAUGCCAUCAUCGCGAAUCCGCCCUCCAUGGCUCACAUCCAUUGCGCGGAGAAGCUUGGCAUCCCUUUGCACAUGGUCUUCACCAUGCCUUGGUCGCCAACUACCAAGUUUCCGCAUCCAUUAGCCUCGAUCAAAGAUGAUGGGGGCAGUGGCAAUGGAACUCUCAACUAUUUCUCCUUCAUUUUGAUGGAACUGUUGACAUGGCAAGGACUGGGCGACUUGAUCAACAAAUUUCGCAUCAAGACAUUAGGCCUUGACCCCGUAAGCCCGAUGUGGGGUCACCAGCUGCUGCAUCGGCUUCACGUUCCAUACAGCUAUCUCUGGUCUCAGAGCCUCAUCCCGAAGCCCGCCGACUGGGGCCCACAUAUCAACAUCACCGGCUUCUCUUUCCUGCCCCUAGCCCACUCAUACACGCCGAGUCCAGACCUUGCAGAAUUCCUGGACGUACCAGGCCCGGCUCCGAUAUAUAUCGGAUUUGGUUCCAUCGUUGUCGACGACCCGCAGGCCCUAACAGCCAUGAUCUUCCAGGCUGUCAAGCUUGCCGGUGUUCGGGCGAUCGUCUCCAAGGGGUGGGGUGGAAUCGGCAGCGGUGAAGUACCCAAGGAUGUGUUCCUGAUCGACAACGUGCCUCACGACUGGCUCUUCCAGCAUGUCUCAGCUGUGGUUCACCACGGCGGCGCUGGCACAACCGCGGCAGGCAUCGCGGCCGGGCGACCUACAGUGGUUGUGCCAUUCUUCGGCGACCAGCCGUUCUGGGGCAAGAUGAUCGCACAGGCGGGGGCCGGCCCGGUCCCGAUUCCCUUCAAGCGUCUGACUGCCGAGACCCUGGCCGCUAGUAUCGAGUUCGCCCUCAAGCCAGAGGUCAAGGUCGCGGUGCAAAAAAUGGCUGACGGCAUCGCUUCCGAAGACGGGGCCAGCAGCACCGCGGAGGAUUUCCAGAACAGGCAUUGCAUCGACCAGAUGCGAUGCGACCUCUGUCCCGAGAAACUCGCAGUCUGGAGGCACAAGAAAACGGGCGCUCAUCUGAGCGGUUUCGCGGCCAGUGCCCUCGUCCGCGUGGAGCUCAUUUGCGCGCGCGACCUGAAGCCGUUGCGGCAUGCCCACUGGUAUGUAGACGAGGGCGCCGAGCACCCCAUUGUGGGUGUCAUCGCGGCAGGAUCUCUCCUCUUCACUUGCCUUGCGGAUGCCGGCAAGGAGUACCGCACGCGGCUGAAGAACAGGCCCCGAACAUGGCAUCCUCCUGCACCGACGGCAGCACCAGACGCCGAGAAGAACGCUCCUGGCAAAGGUGCCAGCGACCAGAGCAACCAGCAGGAGUCUGUAUCUACAGCGACAGAUGCAGACCAUGCGGACGCACCCAUUCACGCGACGCGCACGAGAUCGCACGUGUUCCCGCCGGAAGCCGAGGCCGACCCCCCCACGUACGCGCUGCGGCUCACGCAGACGCAGAUGGAGACCAUCGCCUUCAAGGUCGCCAACAAGUCCCUCAAGAACGGCGAGGUCCUGGAGAGGAAGCUGAAGCGGCAGCCGACGCUCCACGAGCGCAGGAAGGCCGGGUGGAAGGCGCGGGAGGAGGGCCGCUACGGCAAGGCGUUCUACCUGGCCAGGGCGACGGGCCGGUUCGCGGCGGACAUCGUCAAGUCCGGCCUCCGGGCCCCCGUGGCGCUGGUCUACAACGUCGCCAACGGGUUCCACAACUACCCGCCCUACCGGUCCUCGUGGGUCGAGGCCCGGAGGCGGGGCGAGAUCACGGGGCUGGGGAGCGGCCUGCAGGUCGCGGGCACGGAGUUCGUGCUGGGGUUCUACGACGCCUUCUCGGGCGUCGUGGUGCACCCCUACAACGGGUUCAAGAAGGAGGGCGGCAAGGGGCUCGGCAAGGGCGUCCUGAACGCGGGCAUCUCGCUCGUGUACAACAUCGGGGCCGCGGUGACGGGCCUGCCGGGCUACACGCUCAAGGGGUUCGAGAAGGCGUACCACAAGCAGCACCUCACCAAGCUGCGGGCGGAGCUGCUGCUGAUCCGGCUGCGGCAGGCGAUUCAGGACUGCGACCAGGCGUCGCAGGUGGAGAGGGAUGCCGUUGUCGAGAGGUGGAAGAGCUCGAGGGGGAUAGCUUGA